GAAGUGGAAGUUGCCGCAGCCCCUCACGGAAGGGGAGCGGAGCGGCCCGCCGCGGACUUGAGAGGAGCUGUGGAGCGGCGGCCAUGGCGAACCGGACGGUGAAGGAUGCGCACAGCAUCCAUGGCACUAACCCGCAGUACCUGGUGGAGAAGAUCAUCCGCACCCGCAUCUACGAGUCCAAGUACUGGAAGGAGGAGUGCUUCGGCCUGACGGCCGAGCUGGUGGUGGACAAGGCCAUGGAGCUGAAGUACGUGGGGGGCGUCUAUGGAGGGAACAUCAAGCCUACGCCCUUCUUGUGCUUGACGCUGAAGAUGCUGCAGAUCCAGCCCGAAAAGGACAUCAUUGUGGAGUUCAUUAAAAACGAAGACUUCAAGUAUGUCCGAAUGCUCGGUGCGCUGUACAUGAGAUUGACGGGUACCGCCAUUGACUGCUACAAGUAUCUUGAACCGCUGUACAAUGACUAUCGAAAAAUAAAAAGUCAGAACAGAAAUGGGGAAUUUGAACUGAUGCAUGUGGACGAAUUUAUUGAUGAGCUACUCCAUGAGGAACGUGUAUGCGAUAUCAUUCUGCCUCGAUUACAGAAACGCUAUGUUCUGGAAGAAGCUGAGCAACUCGAGCCUCGUGUUAGUGCUUUGGAAGAAGACAUGGAUGAUGUAGAAUCUAGUGAGGAGGAGGAAGAGGAAGAUGAAAAGCUGGAACGAGCACCCUCUCCUGACCACCGCAGAAGAGGCUACAGAGACCUUGACAAACCUCGCAGAUCUCCAGCUGUGCGGUACAGGCGGAGCCGAAGCAGGUCUCCAAGAAGGCGAAGCCGCUCUCCAAAGAGAAGGAGUCCAUCACCACGCCGGGAGAGGCAUCGCAGCAAAAGCCCAAGACGACACCGGAGCAGAUCCAGGGAGAGACGCCACAGAUCGAGAUCCAAAUCUCCAGGGCAUCAUCGUAGUCACAGACACAGAAGUCAUUCCAAAUCACCUGAAAGAUCUAAGAAAAGUCACAAGAAGAGUCGGCGAGGGAAUGAAUAACAAACUAAAUCCAGCACACAGUUUAAGAACCUUGAACUGCAGUCUAAUACUGUCCUAUUUGCUUUAUGGGACAGCUGGAUAUGUACUGGCUGCUUUAGCAGUCCAUUUCUUUAAUCCUUCUCCUCUUGUACAAGUGUUGUUUGUUUUUUAAUUAAAAGAAAGCUAAGGAUACUUUUUAUGGAGUUAGUUACUCAUCCUCCUGAUAGAAUUUGAGGAUUGUUUUUAAAUUGUCAAGGAUUGUUUAAAAACUGUCAAUUUAUACAUCAACAAGGCCUGUAUAAACUAGUGAAGAGCAAUAAAAAAAAAGGGGGGGGUUGUCUUUAAAGGCUUCUUGCUGUUUCUCUCAUAAUACUUUGUUUAGCAUUCUAGUUGAAGCUGGUUUCAUUCUUAAAUCAGGGUGUUGUUUUGACAAACAGACACUGCGCUCAGUUGCCAAAGUGAAAAUGCAUUCCAAUUAUAAACAGUGAUGAGCUAACAGCCUAAAACCAUCUCAAACCUCCAGUACAGGAAAGGAAGUAAGACUGUCAUAAUCCCCUGUGUUCACUAAAAGCAAGAGCUAACUAAAACCAACUGUUACUGGUUCCUUUGUAAGAAUCAGCCUGAAGUCAAUGAUAUGCUGCUUCUGAUGCUACUAUCAGAUAGUUUAAGAAGCUUCAGGUAAUACAAAGUACCACUUAAUUCUUUUCAGGCAAGAAAUUAUUCAGUGUAUUUAAAGACAGUAAAACCACUACUUUGAGCAUAGUUUGUGGCCUACCUGUGACUGGGGAUAGAAUGUGACACAAUUAUGCUCAGCUCUACCUUCUCUGAAUGAAGUUAGCAUUCAGCCAGUCCCUGUUUUUCAAAUUAAGAAUAUUUAAGAAUCUUGUCUUAGUACAUUUAAUUAUCUAUCACAGGAAAUCACUUGUGUUAAACCCCUUGUGUACCAUCCCUUUAUUCAUAGUCCUGCUUCAGGAGCAGAGACUGACAGGUUUAUCUUGUGAACAAUGUAUUUAUGGCUUAAAUAUUUUCCCAUACUGUCCAAUGAAUGUUGACAAGACAAAAAGUAUUGCCCAAAUUUAUGGGAGGUCCUCUUCAAAAUUACCUCAUAGUACAGCCUGAUUUUUCUAGAGUAUUUUCAUAUUAUUUUGCAAAGUUUCUGAACAGAAAAGAUAGUAUACUCUUCCCUCAAAUCAAGUACUUUACAAGACAGACACAUCAGCUGUGAACAGCACACACAAUGACAUCGGCAUGGGAAAAACAGGUAUGCCGAUUGUAUGCCUCAUUAAAUCUGCUCAUUUUUCAUCUCUUCUUUAAGAUACCCAAAUUAAAGUUGUUUUUAUUACAGUUAAAUACAAGCAUGCAUAUAAAUAGGGAAGAGGGAAAAGGCUUGUAUCCUUUUUUUCAGUUUUAUUUUUCUUUUAAAAAGUUUUUUUGGCACUACAUAGUUCUGUAAAGAAUAGAAGUGACAAAUUUUUAAACACAUGAAAUCCCCUUCUAAUUUUAUUUUUUUAGAACAAUAUAUAUAAAGUCUGAAGCAACCAAAGUAUGAAUACAGCUAAUAGAAAAUAAAGAACUUAAUUUUAAAAA